AUGCAAAUGAUGGACAACAACACCAAUCCAACUGCUGACAAGUUCAAGAAACAUGCCAGCAAGUCAACGAAUGGGUCAAUGUCCAAAAGUUGGAGCUUUACUGACCCUGAAUUGCAGAGGAAGAGAAGGGUUGCUACCUACAAGGCUUAUACAGUGGAAGGAAAAGUCAAAGGGUCAAUUAAAAAAAGCUUUAGGUGGAUUAAAGAUAAGUAUUCACAGAUGGUUUAUGGUUUCAGAUCAUGA